UAACGAACUUAAGCUUUAAAAUAAAGCUUAAAACUGUGUUUAACACAAAACUUUUUAGUUGAACACAAAUUUAACAUUUUAAUUUACUGUUAAUAACAGUUGUGUAUCCGGUUGUAUCCGGCUGUGUCUGUAUUUAAGUGUUUGUGCGUGUUUUAGACCUGGGAAACGGAACCAUGUUGCGGAAAACUCUUCUUUAUGUUUCGGUGUUGCUAGUUUUGUUUAUAAACAAUAAUUUUUCUAUGGCGGAGAAUUUAGAAGAAGAAAAUGUUACGAGUAAUUUUCGCAGCUUAUUAGAAAAUUUCGAUGAUUUUUUGCUGUUAAGGGGAGUGCCACGCGAAUCGUGUCCCAAUGAAACAGAAGAUUCGCCGCUCGAUGAAUUUCCAGAGUAUUUCACAUUGGAUCAAUUACGCCAGGGUUGGGUUGUUUUGCACGUCUUUGCUGCCGUCUACUUUUUCAUACUAUUGGCCAUUAUUUGCAACGAUUACUUUUUACCUACCGUCGAGUGUAUUUGUGAGGAUUUGAAUUUAUCCAAAGAUGUGGCGGCUGCCACAUUUAUGGCCACCGCCACUUCUAUGCCCGAGUUUUUUACGAAUACCAUUAGUACCUUGAUAACACACUCGGAUAUGGGUUUGGGCACGAUUAUUGGUUCGCUGAUGUUCAAUACAUUGGGUGUGGCGAGUUUAGCGGCCAUUGCUAUAGAUAAGCCCGUCCAACUGGAUUGGUGGCCUAUUGCCCGCGAUUGCUUUAUAUAUGGUUUCAACACCAUCAUUCUAAUCAUUUUGGCUUGGGGUGGUGAAAUAACAUUUACCGAAUCCUGUGUCAUGAUGGGUUUCCUACUCAUUUAUUAUUUGGUUACUUUUAACAAUAAUAAAUUUAUGCCCGCCAUCAGAGUCUUUGUGGAGGAUAAAUUGGGUUGCUGCUUUUCGACCAGAUACGAUCUUACCGAACCACCAGAGAACAGUGCUAAAGGUAAAUUGCCAAUUACUAAAAAGGAUCCCUUGACCGGAAAUGGUUUGUUUGUUAUUAAUCUGCCCGAAAAUACCAAUUCAAUGUCAUCGAGGGUGAAUUUGACUCACUCAAAAAGCUGGGAUGGCGAAGAGCAAACCAUGGAAAUACCUACAAGUGUCUACGCCAUACCUCACGGUGAAUCUAUGUUUAUGAAAUUUUGGUGGUGCUAUACAUUCCCCCUCAAGUUUAUCUUGACAAUGAUCAUACCCCAUCCUGCCAAACAUCGUAAAUUGUAUCCUUUAUCCUUUAUAAUGUGUAUUAUUGCUAUUGGUGUCAAUGCCUAUCUGAUCGUCUGGAUGUUAACUUCAUUUGGUGUCGCCAUUAAUGUGCCCACAAUUAUUAUGGGUCUAACGUUUUUGGCUGCCGGCUCCACUAUGCCCGAGGCUGUGUCAAGUGUGAUUUCGUUGAGGAAUGGUGAAAGUGGUAUUGGUGUCUCCAACUCCUUGGGUGCCAAUUCCUUGGCCAUUUUGCUAUCCUUGGGUGUGCCAUGGUUUAUCAAGAAUUGCAUGAACUAUGGCAUGACUGAUGGCUCCAACAAAAUCAAAAUUGCCGCUCAAGGCAUUGAAUACAGUAUUUUAAUACUCAUGCUGUGUACCAUAACUCUCUUCAUAGGCCUCAGCUUGAGUGGUUAUCGUCUCACCAAGAGAGUGGGUCUUCUGCUCUUCAUCGUCUAUGUUGUCUUUAUCGUUUUACAAAUUCUAAUCGAAAUGAAUGUAUUCUUCCCCAAACAAUGUAGUUAAAUUCAAACUAAUUCUAGUAUUUAAAUAAUUUAGAAAUUAUUUAAUUAAAAACAAACAAAUACUUAUAAAUUAAGACUGUUUAGUUAUAAAGAGAAAACAAGAUUUUAAAUCUUUUUUAAAAAAACCUCCACAAAACAACACGAAACGAAAAGAAGCUUUUUCUUAAGAACAUUUUUUUGAAAACCAAAUAUAACGUCUUUUUU